CUCCGUUAUUUGACACAUGCACCGUUUUGACAUUUUACAACUAUUGGAAAAAGUGCAUCAAUUGUUUGCUAUUCUUCAGUCUUUCUCAAAUAAAAUGGAUAAUAAAUAAAUAAAAAGUGCAAAUAUUUAAGUUUCAACGACGGCGAAGUAUUAACCAGCAUUGAGGUGUGUAGAAUGGAAACAGAUGAUUUGUCGCAUUUAACCGAAGAAUACAAACUGGAUAACACAGAUUUGGAUAGCAUAAUGACAAACGAAAUGUUUCAACAUAAUUUAUAUCUGGACGACCAAGAAGUGGAUGAAAAUGAGCCCGACGAUGUCAUCAUACUGCAUAUGGACAUACGUGAGCCUUUGCGAACAUUGCAAAAGCUGGCUGAAAAGAAGAUUGGCAUGAAUUUGAAGGGUUACAAAUUUUAUCUACAAGACACACAGGAGCUGGAACCCCAUAAAAAUCUUGUUGAUCAAUGUGUAAAGGGUGAAGGACUUGUACAGAUAAAUGUGCAAAUACAAACAGCAGAACAACACAUAAAUAUUGUUGAUGUGCUAAAGCCAACCGAGGCGGCAUUGGCUGCUUUAGCCGCUGAGGAAGCGAGCAACAAAAAUGCCGAUAAGAGCGAAGACUCUGAAGAAAAGCCUUGCCUCAAUUGGGUUUUAGACAAUAAAUUUAAGAAGGAGCAAGUGCGUCUUAAAAUACCAGAAGAUCCAAAUGAGUGGACAACUGUGCAGGUGAAGCACUGGUUUCAAUGGGCUGUAAGACAAUUUGAGUUGAGCGGCGUCAGCUUGAGUGAUUGGAACAUGAAUGGGAAAGAGCUUUGUGCACUAACACAUGAGGAAUUUCGUCGCAAAUUACCCAAAGAUCCGGGUAAUGUCUUCUGGACACAUUUGCAAUUGCUUAAAGAAUGCAAAUUUGUCUCAGUUGUACAUAAGGUACCUGAAGAUCGCGGUAGCACCACGAGUGGUACUAAACCAAGUACCAGUGGUGGUGUUACAAUAACAGCACCAACAAAAGAAUUAAAAAUAAUGCGCAAGACAAGCGUAAGCGCAACAAAAACCUACUGUAAGAAAUCGCCGGUAGUGCCAUUGGAUGGUUCACCAACACAAACCAUACUGAGCAACAGCAACACCAGCGGUAAUAGUGUUAUUGGCAAUAGUUAUGGCGUCGGUUCCGGCAACAAUGGCCAAGUGCAGCUUUGGCAAUUUCUACUGGAAAUUUUAACCGAUCGUGAACAUCGCAAUAUCAUACAAUGGGUUGGCGCCGAUGGCGAAUUCAAGCUCAUCGAUCCGGAGUGUGUAGCACGCCUGUGGGGCAUUAAGAAGAAUAAGCCGGCUAUGAAUUAUGAAAAGCUCUCGCGUGCAUUGCGUUAUUAUUACGAUGGUGAUAUGAUAUCGAAAGUGUCGGGCAAACGUUUCGCCUAUAAGUUUGAUUGUGAUUUGAAAUUGUUGAUUGGUUAUGAUGCCGGUGAGCUGGCACAAUUGGUGAAUGAGAAAACGUUUUUGGAUGAGUCGAUCUUUUUGAAACAUGAAACCUUGCAAGAUCACCUCAAACAAUUGACGGACGAUGGGUGACAUGGUGCAGAUGGCGACGCAUAUGCCGAAUUUGAAGUGAAA